CCCCCCCCACCAGAGGAUCUCGGGUCAGGUCUAACAGACCGUGCUGGGGGCUUCACUUUUUCAUUUCUUCGCACAAGACCCAGGGAGCCCCCCCACCCCCCGGCCCGGGGGUCUCCGUCCCUUCCGGGGCUCCGAGCCGCCGAGAUGAGGGCUGGAUUUCAGCAGAUCAGCAGAGAGGAGGAGGACGAAGUCCCGCCGGACGCCGGGCCGGGGAUAACCUCGACCCUGGUGCUGUCGGUCUUCACGGCCGUGCUCGGGUCCCUGCAGUGUGGGUACAACAUCGGUGUCAUAAAUGCCCCCCAAAAGAUCAUCGAGCAGAACUAUAACGCCACCUGGCUGGCGCGGCACAACGCGUCCAUCGAGCUCUCCACGCUCACCACCCUCUGGUCCCUGUCGGUCGCCAUCUUCUCCAUCGGGGGCAUGAUCUCCUCCUUCCUGGUGGGGGUCAUCUCUGAGUGGCUGGGCAGGAAGCGGGCCAUGAUUAUCAAUAACGCCCUGGCCUUCCUGGGAGGGGCCCUCAUGGGGCUGGCCAAGCUGGGCUGCUCCUACGAGAUGAUGAUCCUCGGCCGGUUCCUGAUUGGUGCCUACUCAGGGCUGGUAUCUGGCUUGGUCCCCAUGUACGUGGGUGAAAUUUCCCCCACCCACCUGCGGGGGGCGCUGGGGACCCUGCACCAGCUGGCCCUCGUCAUCGGGAUACUCAUUGCCCAGGUGUUGGGGCUGGACUCCCUCCUCGGCAGCCCCGAGCUCUGGCCCCUGCUCCUGGGGCUGACCGUGGCCCCCUCGGCCCUGCAGCUGGUGCUGUUCCCCUUCUGCCCCGAGAGCCCCCGGUACCUCUACAUCAUCCGCAACAAGGAGUCCAAGGCCAAAGAGAGUUUGAAGCGGCUGACGGGGCGCAGCGACGUGAGCGAGGCCCUGACAGAGAUGAAGGAGGAGAAGCGACGCAUGGACAUGGAACGCAAGGUCUCCAUCACCCAGCUCUUCCGCUGCCGGAUCUAUCGCCAGCCGCUGCUCAUCGCUGUGGUGCUCCAGCUGUCCCAGCAGCUCUCCGGCAUCAAUGCGAUAUUCUAUUACUCCACCAGUAUCUUUGAGUCAGCCGGGCUGGAACAGCCCGUGUUCGCCACGAUCGGCGCUGGGGCCAUCAACGCUGCCUUCACCGUUGUCUCGCUGUUCUUGGUGGAACGGGCAGGUCGCCGGACGCUGCACUUGGUGGGGCUGGCAGGCAUGAUGGUGUGUGCCGUGGUGAUGACGGUGGCAUUGGUGUAUCUGGAUCGGGUGCCGGCCAUGAGCUACAUCAGCAUGGUGGCCAUCUUCGGCUUCGUGGCUUUCUUCGAGAUCGGGCCGGGGCCCAUCCCGUGGUUCAUCGUGGCCGAGCUGUUCAGCCAGGGGCCCCGCCCGGCGGCCAUGGCAGUGGCCGGGGGCUGCAAUUGGACCUGCAACUUCAUUAUCGGCAUGGCCUUCCAGUCCAUGGCGGAUGCCUGCGGGCCGUACGUCUUCCUCAUCUUCGCAGCCCUCCUCCUUGGUUUCUUCCUCUUCACCUACUUCAAAGUCCCUGAGACGCGGGGCCGGACCUUCGAUCAGAUUGCUGCCGCGUUCCGACGCACCCCGUCUCUAUUAGACCACGAAGUCAAACCUUCCACCGAGCUGGACUGUCUGGGGCCAGACGACAACGCCUGACGUGGGGCAGGAGCAAUCGGCCAGAGAGAGAGAGAGACACGAGGAAUGUAACCGUAACCCAGCACUUUAAUGACACAGCAAGGUUUAGAGAUUUUUAGGUUAGUUGUUUUGUUUUUAGCUUUGUGGGGUUUAUUUUUAAGAUUAUAUAUAUAUAUAUAGAGAGAGAGAGAAAGAGUGAUUGUGGUGUGUGUGUGUGUGUGUGUGUGUGUGUGUGUGUGUGUCAGAGGUAUGGAGAUAAAGACGUGUUGGGAGCUGCGGAAGGAGGUCAGUUAAGUGACAAAGGAAGGGGAAGCUGGAGGAGAAUCCAGCUCAGCUGGGUGCACAUUCUUGGAAUCGGAGAUGGGGAAAAGACCUCCCCGAGACCAUAUCCAGCAGCUGGAACAGAUGUUCAGGCAUUCCCGAGCAAUGUAUGACACUAGUAGGCUCCAGAACUGUUGACUCCAAUGGUUGGAGUAGAUUCUGCGUCAACUCAGGGACAGGAGACUUUUCUGUUGAUGAGAAUGCAAAACUGUGGUGGAGUUCUUUCG